AUGAAUACUACGCAUGUUAUUUAUUUGUUCAUAAUUUGUUUAAUUUAUCUUCCAACAUUGAUCUAUUCUGGAGAAGAUUUUUAUCAAUUACUUGGUAUUGAAAAAUCAGCUACGCAACGUGAUAUUCGUCGUGCAUUUAAACUUUUAGCACUUGAAAAGCAUCCAGAUAAACGAACUGGAGAUCCUAAUGCACAUACAGAAUUCGUACGAAUAAAUCGUGCAUAUGAAAUAUUACGUGAUGAUGAAUUAAGAAAGAAAUAUGAUACGUAUGGUGAAGAAGGUUUAAAAGAUGAUUUUAAUCGUGGAAAUCAAUAUCAAUCAUGGAAUUUUUAUCAACAUAGUUUUGGUAUUUAUGAUGAAGAUCCAGAAAUUAUUACUCUCAGUCGAACAGAUUUUUUACAAUCCGUUGAUGGUUCACAAGAUGUAUGGUUUAUUAAUUUUUAUUCUGCUCAAUGUUCACAUUGUCAUGAUUUAGCACCAGUGUGGCGUGAAAUAUCAAAAAUACUUGAAGGUGUUAUUCGUAUUGGUGCUGUUAAUUGUCAAGAUGAAUGGAUGAUGUGUAAUGAACAAGGCAUUCAGGGUUAUCCAGCAUUACGUAUUUAUCCAAAACGAGAUACUUAUCAAGGACCAAGAGAAAAAGAAAUACUUAUUCGUUAUGCAAUGAGUUUUGUUAAAGCUAAUGUUGUUAAAUUUGAUGAUCGAAUGUUUCGAACUGAAAAAUUUGAUAAUAAGAAACCAUGGCUUGUUUCUUUUUGUCGAGAAGUUGAUGAAGGUAAUUGUUUAGAUGAUGAUCAAGUUUAUAAAUUAGCAGUUAUGUUGAAUAAUCUUGUACAAGUCAGCAGUGUUAAUUGUCAUGCUGAUCCCGAUGUAUGCCAACAAUUAAAACCACAAAGCCCUAUACUUUUCUAUAAAGUUGAUAAAUUUCCAUGGGGUGAUAGUUAUUCAAUAACAACUUUAAAUUUAAAAGAAAUUGUUACACAAAUUUUAUCACUUUUACCAGAUUUAUCGUUAGUUACGGAAGAUCAUCUUCAAAAAGUACAAAAUCAUCUAAAAGAAAGUUCAGUUGCUAAACCAUGGUUAAUUCAUUUUUUUGAUCAAACAAAUAGUGAAAAAGAUCUUGAUUUAAGAAAAUUACCAUCAAUGUUAACUGAUUACAAUGUUGGUCGAUUUGAUUGUUCAUCAUCACCCAAUGUUUGUAGUGAUUUAUAUAUAUUUAAGAAACCUGCAUUUAUUUUAUUCAAACGUAGUGGACAUCAUGAAUUCUAUUAUGGUCGUCAAACAUCUAAUGAUAUUGCUGGAUUUGUUCGUGAUAAUGCAUUUUCACCAUUACGUACUCUAACUCCUUCGGAUUUUCCAUCAGUAAAAACUGAUACAAAACCAUUUAUUAUUGAUUUCUUUUCACCAUUUUGUCCGCCAUGUAUGCAUUUAUUACCAGAAUUUCGUAAAGCAUCAAAACGUGUAAAUGAUCAAGUCAAUUUUGGUACUGUUGAUUGUACAGUACAUCAACAAUUAUGUCAACAAUCUGGUAUAAAUUCUUAUCCAACAACAAUAAUGUAUAAUCAAUCAACACAACAUUAUUUUCAUGGUCAACAUCAAGAACAAUCAAUAAUAAAUUUUAUUGAUGAUAUACUUCAUCCAACAGUUAUAACAUUAGAUAAUGAUUUAUAUAUUAAAUUAAUUGAAAAUAAAAAUUUAACUGAUAUGUGGUUAGUUGAUUUUUUUAUGCCAUGGUGUCAUCCUUGUCAACAAUUAAGUGGUGAAUGGCGAACAUUAUCAAAAUUUUUAAAAGGUAUUGCUAAUGUUGCACAAGUUGAUUGUACAAUUCAAACAGAAUUAUGUCAAAGACAAGGUGUUCAAAGUUAUCCAACAAUUCGACUUUAUCCACCAAAUAUGGAUGGAAAAAAUUUUGUAUUAUAUAAUAAUGGAUGGCGUGAUGCAAAUUCAUUACGAAAUUGGGCAUUUCAGUAUUUACCCAGUAAAGUUAUUGAAUUAGAUGAAAAGAAUUUUUCGACCAAUGUUUUACGUGAUUCAAAACCAUGGGUGAUUGAUUUUUAUGCACCUUGGUGUGGACAUUGUCAUCAGUUUUCACCAAUAUUUGAAAGUAUUGCACGUAGUUUUGAAGAAAAAGUCAAUUUUGGUAAAAUUAAUUGUGAUAGUCAUCAAUCAGUCUGUCAACGAGCAUCGAUUCGUGCUUAUCCAACUCUUAAAUAUUAUAAAGGUUCACCUGAUUCAAAACGACAAGAUUUUCCUGGUAGCGAAAUAGCAAAUUUAGAUACUAAUUUUAUUAUUAAUUUUGUUAAUAUUCAAUUACAACAAAACCAACAGCAACAAACAUCGAAUGUACAUCACACAACUGAAUUAUAA